AUGGUAGCAGCUCGAUUUGGAAAGUCAGAUGUUUUAAACUUGCUUGUUUCAAAAGAAGUGGACCUCACUCUGAAAGACGACCAGGGCAACAACAUGCUUCACCUCGCAUGUCAGGGAGGAAACAUGUCGAUCACAGAGCAUCUGCUACCACUGUUUGACAUCAACAGCCGUGGACAGGAUGGCAGGACGCCUGUGAUGUACGCAGCUGUCAACAGAGUGAAGAGUGUGUUUGAUUUGCUUGUCUCAGAGGGAGCUGAUACAUCGCUGAAGGGUGACCACAACAAUUCCGUGUUUCAUUUAGCUUGUCUAGGUGGAAAUAAGUCAAUAGUGGAACAACUACUUCCAAAUGUUGACGUCAACAGUUUGGAAGACAAUGGGAGAACAGCAAUCAUGGAGGCACCUUCUGUCAAAAACAAAAAUGUUUUCGAUUUUCUGGUCUCAAAGAACGCCAAUGUAAAAGUGUUCGAUGACUACAGAGAUAGUGUCCUACACUCAGCAUGUAAGGGAGGCGAGACGUCGAUCGUUCAGUGUGUUCUUCAAAUGUUUGACGUCAAUACCAGGGAAAAGAAGGGUUUGACACCAGCGAUGAUAGCAGCUUCGUUAGGAAACAGGCGUCUGUUCAACGUGCUUGUGUCACAACAAGCAGAUCUAACUCUUACUGACGACCACGGUAACAACAUGCUUCAUCUCGCCUGUCAGGGAAGAAACAGGUCCAUCAUAAAGCAUCUGCUUCCAGGUGACAUCAACACUCGUGGACAAGAUGGCAGGACAGCUGUGAUGUACACAGUCCUGAAUGGAGUGAAGAGCGUGUUUGACUUUGUCUCUUGGGGAGCUGACAUGUCACUGAAGGAUGAUUACAACGCGCCCAUAUUUCACUUAGCUUGUCGUGGUGGAAACACUUCAAUAGUAGAACACCUCCUACAGCAGAGUGAUAUCAAUCACCGGGGAUUCAACAAAGAACAGCUGUAA